AUGUCGUCGGCGCGCGCGCGAGGCGCGUCGAGCGUCGCGCGCGGCGCGCGCGCGACGUGCGCGGCGAAGAAGAGAGUCAAACCACCGGUCAAGCGCGGCGACGGUCGAGCGACAGAACUCGAACCGGCGUCGCUCAUGGACGUCGAAGAGAAUCACGCGCUCGAACAGUUUUAUUACGACGACUCGACGCUUUCGAGAUUGAUGACGAUCGCGCGGACGUUCGAGCGGCCGUUGUUCAUGUGCAACCCGAGCCUCGCGAGCGCGUGGGAACGCGACGUCGGAACGGCGUGCGUUUUGCUCGACUGCGAUUUGCGAUUCAAGACGAAAAUCAAAGGGUUUCGCGCGUUUGAUCUCAGGCGACCGUUUCAGGUGCGGUUUCCUUACGACGUGGUGUUCGUGGAUCCGCCGUUUGCGAACGUGUCGCCGGCGGAGGUAAAGCGCGCGGUGGAUUUAAUAGCGGCGACGGAGGCGCAGAGAGCGGCGCCGUGUUACAUCGCGUACAACUCCGACCGAGAAGAGGCAUUACUCGAGUCGUUCGAGGACUCGAUGCGCAUCGGCCGCGCGUUGGGGUACAAGAGCGUGAAGGAAAACACGCAGGCGAAGAUACACUUGUACGGGCCGAAAGUGUGA